AUGCAACAACACAAGUUCUCAUAUUCACAACAUUUAAAAGACUACAAAUACCAACAACCAAUCAAACGGCAGGAACCGAAUGUCACGAAGAAAAUGAUGAACUGUGUUAUUUCUAAAGUACUUCGUUCGAUAUUUCAAAAGACGACUUCUGAGAAUAUAAUUGCUUCUUUUACCAGAGCAGGUUAUGUAUCUAUCAUAAAAGACCACUCUAUAAAAGUGUACGUUGAUAUUAAACAUGCAUCUUUGGUUCAUAAAUUGGUGAUUCCAAUUUUGAGUGAUGUCAUGAUUGACAAAUUGACGCCACCAUGCGAAAAUGUCGUCAUGACAACUGCUAUUAUAGCCAAUGAACAAACUGUUGUCGACGCAAAAGACGUGUGGACGAAGAUCAACAAUACAUUACAACCGACUUUCGAGGUCGGGUUUCGAAUAUAUAACCAACUUCAAAAUUCACCACAACUUAUAAUCGGAUUGCCUUUAGAUUUGCCACAAAAAAGACAACUACAGCUUAAUCUUAGACUAUCACCUGAUUUCCAACAGCAUAAUUUUAGUAGCUAUUUAGAUUUUGGAACAACGAACAGCAAAUUCGUUUCAAAAUAUGACCUAGAAAUAUUAUCAAUGCCGCCUUUUGACAACAAUGGUAUUAGAAGACCUUUUACCGUGAUGGAACUUGAAGAAUUGGGAAAUGAAGUUCCAGUAGAUUAG